GAAGGAAGCGCCGCCCGCCCCUGCACCAGCGCGGCGGGCAGCGGCGGAGCGGAGCCCGGCGGAGCCGACAGCCCGGCCCGGCCGCCGCCGACCCCCGUCGCCCCUGUCGGCCUCCUCUCGGCAGGAUGGAGGAGAGACCGGUCUGAAAAUCUGUUCCAUGGUGGACUUUGCUGUGGUCUGCUAGAAUGUUCCUUAUGGAUGCUCCUCCUCUGGUAGCUCUUCAGACAAAAUGGGAGUCCUUCGGGCCAGCAAGGAAUUGUAGAUACCCCGUGUGCUUCCCUGAGUCCGACAGCAACGUCACCAGAACCUCCGUGAGCGCCAAAGUUCAGAUGAUCAUAAACAACCUGCAAAGCCAAGAGCCUGCCCUGGGUAUGAACAAUGAGUGUGGCUGUGUUGUGCAGAAGAAACAGAAGGGAGAAAAAGGCUCCAGUGCCAGAGUCACACCCAGCACCACCUCGCUGCUGCAGAAGCAUCCUCAGUACACCCAGUGUGGGUGCCCCGAGGAUUCUGAUGGCAGCGAAGUGGAGGGGAAUGUAGAGUUUGAGACUCUGCUGCUGGAUUCUGACAGCGACGAUUCUGUGGACCGAGGUAUAGAGGAAGCCAUCCAGGAGUACUUGAAAACAAAAAGCAAAAGUGCCCAGUCGUUGCCAAGGAAUGCAGAGCGUUCUGGGAAUGUGGGCAGAGACAAAAGGUUUAAGAGGGAGUUCUCCCAGAACAAAGUGGCUAGUGACCUCCUCCCUGUGAAAUUUAAUGCUGAGAUGCUCUCUGAAGAGUACCUGUCUGACCACCUGGGAAUUGGGAAAAGAAUCCAGCCUGCUUCCCCUCAGAGCAUCAGCAGCGAUGACUCCUUUGAACAGAGCAUACAAGCUGAAAUUGUGCAGUUCUUGAAUGAGAAGAAACAACAAGAAAUUAGUAAAUGCGUUACCGAGGAGGAUAAAAAAGAUUCCCGUGUGAGAUCUGUCCUGAAAUGCAACAAAGAAGCAACAAACAGAACAAACUGUGGUGCUGUAAAGCAAGGUUGUAAUGCACUGCUCCUGAGACACCAUCCCAAGCUGCAGAAAUCCAACGCCCAGUCCAAGUGUUUGCAGUCCAAAAUCCAAGCAGAGCCCGGUGAUUUCAGCCAGGUGAACCAGGCUUAUCUAGAAAUGGGCACUGCCAGCCAGCCCUGGCUCGUGGAGGAGGAUGAGGGAAGUGGAGCUCAUUACUGGGAGCCAAGGGAAGCACUCAUCAAGGAGAGCAUGCACACAUCUGACUCGAGCAGCGAUGAUGGCAUUGAAGAAGCCAUCCAGCUUUACCAGCUGGAGAAAAUCAGGAAGGAGGCAGGUCAUGCAGCAAACUGUGUCCCUUUGCAGAGGGAACCAUUUGAUCCAAAGGGUAUGGCAGACAUUUCUGCCAGCCUGACAAUUAGCUCCACAAAAAGUGCCUCACCAGAAAUCCAUAAAAACCCCAUAAGCAACAAGAGAAAAGAAGUUAAUUCCAAGUCAACAGGAUUAGAAAGCACCAGCAAUGACUUUAAUAAGCUGUUUAAACCACUGAAAAAAGCCAGACAUUUUGCACUUCCAGAAAACAAGAUUACUGCUUGCGAGCUCACUUUGCAGGCCUCUUGCAGAGCAGACACAUCUGCAGAGCUCAUGUGUGCAGAAGCUAUCCUGGAUAUUUCCAAAACAAUCAUGCCAUCCCAAAUGGGAAGUGACAACAAAUCCCUCACUGCAGACUCCUUCUUUUCUCCCCAGCUUCUCUCGUCCUCCCGUUGUGAAAGUGACAGCAGCCUUGUGGACAGUGAUGACAGCAUAGAGCAAGAAAUCAGGGCUUUUUUGGCUCUGAAAGCACAGUCAGAGAACCUUGGAACAAAACCUCCCAGCCUGUCACGCUCCAUGCAGAUGCCUUUGCCUUCUGAUCCAAACAGCCUCACGGGACCCUUGAGCCUGCUCUGCCCAAAACACUCAAAUUAUCCCUGAGUCGGAAAAGGAGACUCAAAAGGGAAGGCAGAACAGCAAAACAAGGGGGGUCAAAAGUACCUGAGCAGCUGGAGACAGGACUUUUCCAGCCAGGUCACCAUUCCAAAUUCCCAGUGCUCCAGGAGGAGCCAGCC